AUGUCUACUAUAAUCGAUAAAAUCAAGGACAUUGAAAAUGAGAUGUCCAAGACUCAAAAGAACAAGGCUACGGCGUAUCACUUGGGCACUCUCAAGGCAAAACUUGCAAAGCUUAGAAGAGAACUGCUUACUCCUACUAGUGGUGCUGGUGCAAGUGGUGUUGGAUUUGAUGUGGCCAAGACGGGUGUGGCUCGAGUUGGCUUUGUAGGAUUUCCUUCUGUUGGAAAGUCGACUCUCAUGUCCAAGCUGACCGGCACUGUUUCUGAAGUUGGAGCAUACGAAUUCACUACUCUUACAACCGUACCCGGUGUGAUUCAUUACAAGGGUGCCAAAAUUCAAAUGCUGGAUUUACCUGGUAUUAUUGAAGGUGCAAAGGACGGUAAAGGUCGUGGUCGUCAGGUUAUUGCAGUUGCACGUACAUGCUCUCUUAUUUUUAUUGUAUUGGAUGUACUCAAACCAUUGGGCGACAAAAAGAUUAUCGAGCGUGAACUUGAAGGAUUCGGAAUCCGUCUCAACAAAAAACCACCAGCAAUUACUUUUAAAAAAAAGGAAAAGGGUGGUAUCAACGUCACCAGCACUGAAAAGCUCACACAUUUAGAUGGUGAUCUGAUCAAGGCAAUUCUGUCCGAGUAUAAGAUUCACAAUGCGGAUAUUUCGCUUAGAUGUGAUGCCACUGCUGACGAGCUUAUCGAUGUGAUGGAAGGAAACCGUGCAUACAUUCCUGCUUUGUACGUUUUAAACAAGAUCGAUCAGAUUUCCAUCCAAGAACUUGACAUCAUCUAUCGGAUUCCUCAUUCUGUUCCUGUUAGCUCGCAUCACGAAUGGAACUUUGAUGAUUUGCUUGAUAUGAUGUGGAAAUACCUCAGUCUUGUUCGUAUAUAUACCAAGCCCAAGGGACAACUUCCAGAUUACUCGGCACCUGUUGUCAUGCGAGAAGGAAAAUGCACAGUUGAAGAUUUUUGUAAUUCGAUACACAAAGGUCUUUUGCGUGAUUUUAGAAACGCUUUGGUAUGGGGCUCGUCUGUCAAACACAAUCCACAAAAAGUAGGCAAGGAGCAUGUCAUGUGCGAUGAAGAUGUUGUUCAGAUUCUCAAAAAGUGA